AUGGAGAAGACCAACUCUUCAGCGGUGUCUGAAUUUGUGUUGCUGGGACUCUCUACCUCUCAGGAACUCCAAUUUUUCUUUUUUAUUUUCUUCUCCAUGUUGUAUGUAGUCAUUGUGUUAGGGAAUGUUCUCAUUAUCAUCACAGUGACUUCAGAUGCCAGCCUGCAUUCUCCCAUGUAUUUCCUCUUGGGAAACCUUUCCUUUGUUGAUAUCUGUCAGGCUUCUUUUGCUACACCUAAGAUGAUUGCAGACUUUCUGAGUGAACCUAAGACCAUAUCAUUCAGAGGCUGCAUGGCCCAAAUUUUCUUCAUUCACCUUUUUACAGGAGGAGAGAUGGUGCUACUGGUCUCCAUGGCCUACGACAGGUAUGUGGCCAUAUGUAAACCCCUAUAUUAUCUGAUGAUCAUGAACCGAAGGACAUGCACUCUCUUGGUUAUUAUCUCCUGGGCGGUGGGCUUGGUGCACACACUAAGCCAAUUGUCAUUUACUGUGAACCUGCCUUUUUGUGGACCCAAUGUAGUAGACAGUUUUUUUUGCGACCUUCCUCGAGUGGCCAGACUUGCUUGUCUGGAUUUUUCUGUCAUUGAAAUAUUAAUUGUGGUUAAUAGUGGCAUUCUUUCCCUAAGCACUUUCUCAGUCUUGGUCAGCUCUUACAUCACCAUUCUU